GAAGUGUUAGUCACUUACCUUGAUGCCGGCAUCAUAUUUUCCAAUUAUAGUCAUUUUAGCACAUGUUAAAGCCAUUUACGGGCAUCUUCAUAAAUACGCACUUUUUAAAAUUAUCUUAACAUAUAUUUAUGUCAGUAAAGUGUUCGUUUAAUGGUUGGAAAAUGAUCUUUUCUUGCCUUGAUGUGAGGUUGUCGUUUAGCCGUUAGCUCGCCGUUAGCUCGCCCGGACGGCAGCGGCCGGCAGCCCGCGGGAGGAUGACGGAGGUGGAGGAGCUGCGGCCCGUCCCGGAGCGGGCCAUCCUGGAGAGCUUCUUCACUCAGCUCGGCUUGUUUUCUUUCGACCGGGCGAAGGACUACGUGGAGAAGGAGAAGGACAGCAGCAAGAGCGCCGGGGCCAUCUGGGCCGCGCUGCUGGCCGCUCUGGCUCACCUGGCCGCCGCGGAGAAAGCGUACCACAACAUGACAUUCCUGGGACAGAAAAAUGGCCAGUCCUUCUUCAGCCGUAAAGACUCCAUCCGAAACAUCUACACCUCGCUGUACAACGAGCUCAGGAAGGUGGUGACGGCGGGACGUCACGGCCAGCUGGGCUCCGCCUCUUACCUGGAGGACCUGCUGUCACACCUGUCGGAGCAGCUCUGUCACUUCACUCAGGCCCGGAUGGAGAUGGCCGACCUGUACGAGAAGAUGCACGCGCUGGGCAGCCAGAAGAGCAUCAACUCAGACGAGCUGGUCACCACGCUGGAGGCCGUCCUGCAUAAAUACAGCUCAAAGUUCCACCACCCGAUCCUGGGCCGCGUGGAGGAGGGCUUCCAGACGGAGGUGGACGUGGUGACCCAGCUGCUGCGCUGCCAGGCCCAGGUGUCUGAGUGGCACUUCCUGCCCGCUCUGCUCAGCCUGCACGGCGCCAACUCCAAGCUCAUCGCCUGGGGUCAGCUGUUCCAGCGGCAGAAAGAGACCCGCAAGCAUCUGUUCGGAGGUCAGUCCCAGAAGGCCGUGCAGCCGCCGCACCUGUACGUGUGGCUGCAGCGCUUCCAGGCGGCGCUUCUCGCAAAGUUCAGCUUCUAUUUCCACGAAGCGCUGAGCCGACAGACCGCUCCGGCCGACAUGAGAGCGCUGACCGCUCGCACCACGCCGGACUACCACGGCAAGAUCUGCUCCUUCAUCCGCAAACACGACGCCAGCAACGUGUCUCUGGUGUUCGACAACCGCGGCUCUGAGAGCUUCCAGGGCCACGGCUACCACCACCCGCACUCCUACAGAGAGGCACCGAAGGGCGUGGAGCAGUUCCCCGCCGUGGUGUCCCUGCCGUCGGGGGAGCGGCCGUUGACGCACUGGCCAAACGUCAUCAUGAUGAUGGGGGACCGCGCCACUGAGCUCAACACUCUGGACAAGGUGGUGCACUUCUACGACGAUAAAGUUCAGAGCACCUACUACCUGACGCGGCGGCCCGAGCCGCACUUCACGCUGGUCGUUAUCUUCGACGGCCGGAAGUCGGAGAAAGAUCUGCACAUCGCCGCCUUCCUGCAGGAGAUCUCCGGCUCGCUGAGGAACUCCAAACCCUUCAGCACCCUCAAACCCGGAUCAAAGGGCUGAAACACGAACUCAUGAAGAACCUCGAGUCAUUUCAGAUAAAUAAGAUGGUUAAACCUUUAAAAACUCAGCAAACUGGUGUGAUUUCCUACAAAAACAUGGAAAGAAAUCAAUCAGCAACUU